UUGACACCACCCCAGACUGCGCAGUAUGUUCUCGAACGUCACCUUAGGUCGAGGACAGCAGUAUCUAACUACUAGUCAUUUCAUAUAGUCACCUUGCAUGAUCCCAAUAUUGCAAUCGGCCAAGUGUUUAUCAGGCGCGGAAGAGUUCCUUGCGGAUUGUCUCUGUAACAACAUCACCAUACAAUCGGACAUCAACAUUUGCGUUCAAGUCAAUUGCAACUCGCUCCUUGAUCAAAAGAAAGCAUUCGCCAUCGAGAAUCAAAUCUGCGCGGGAUAUCCGAUUGAGUCGCGCUCCCACGUUGCCCUUAUCACCGCCGUUGUCGCUGUCGCAAUCUCCGUUCCGGUCGUGAUCGCGCGAUGUGCCACGAGGAUCAAGUUGACGAAAAAGCUCUGGCCAGAUGACUAUAUGUCUCUAUUGAGUCUGGCUGCUUUUUUGACCAUCGCCUUUAUACAAAUCUUUACCACUACCAUUGGCAGUGGGAGGCACUAUUGGAAUACAGACCUCGACAAUUUUUCUCUGGAUCGCCAGUUGUUCUACGCUGCGAAGGUGUUAUACGUCUUCGUCCAGUGUACAGGAAAGAUAGCAAUUUUGCUUUUGUACCAAAGAGUCUUGGUAACUGCAAGCAGCGCUCAAUGGUUCAGAAUAGCCGUGAAGGUUAUGCUCGUGCUGACCUUCACCAUCGAGGGAACUUAUAUCUUUAUCAUCGCCUUCCAGUGUCUUCCAGUCGCUUCGUUGUGGGACCCAUCGAUCACGGAUGUGAAAUGUCUAAACUCCGGCAUCGCAUUCACGGCUGGUGCCGUCCUGAACAUUUCGUCCGACGUCAUAUUGAUGAUUCUUCCCAUCCCUCCUCUUUGGAAAUUACAGACCAGCCUGCGGAAACGGGCUGGAGUUGCAGCCAUGCUAGCAAUUGCAUCAUUUGGCAUUAUUGCAAGUCUCGUUCGCAUCAAGUACCUUGUGGCGGGUGGUUCGAUCUUUGACGGUAGUUACUACCAGAUCGAUGUGUUUGCUUGGAGCCUAAUUGAGCUCCUUUGCGUCGUAGUAUGCGGCUCGGUCCCGGCUUUGAGACCAUUAUUUGUUCAAACAUUAUCGGCCAUUAGAUCCACAGUAUCGAGCACGAUUCAGAGAUCCCGUGUUUCUAGGUUGUCCAGGGCAAGCCGAACAUCUGAAGUAACUUCAGCCCGGGUAUACAGCGCCACGGUUAAGAGUCAUGCCACAAGCGAAGCAUAUUCAUUAUCACAUCUCUCGACGACGAACUCGACAAGAAACUGGAAGGAUGAAAUGGAAUCUCCUCUUGAGAGAAGCCCAAUCAUGGUGCGACCAAGAGCUGACAAUCUUGUGGACAUGGAAGCGGCAUAUAUCGGAGCGAGGUAUACGUCUACCAGGCCUUCUUUGUGUGGAAGUGAAGACAAUAUGAUAAGUUCCACACCUCGUAGGAAGUGAAAAGCGGAUUGCGAUAGCAUGUACUCUAGGGAAUGACUUCAUAACUAUUUGUUGAUUUGUGAUCGG